AUGGUAGAUGUGCCCUCGCAACAUUCCUUACCCAUCCUUUUCUCUUACCUCAUGAGGUGGUUCUGGGAGAUCACCGACGACGUGUGUCGCGCGUGUGGGAUCACAGAACGCCCUAACUCGUGCAACGUCAAUUUGUAUGAGGAUGGCUCCCAAGCGGUCGGCUGGCACGCCGACGACGAGUCGCUGUUCGACGCGACGCGGCGAGAUUCCCUCAUCAUGUCGUUAUCAUUGGGCGCUGCUCGGACAUUUGAGCUAUACCCGAAUGACGACCCAGACGACAUCCACCAGAUCUUGCUGAAGGAUGGCGAUUUGUGUACCAUGGAGGGGCUGCUACAGAAGCACUACAAGCACCGCGUGCCCUUCGAGAGGUCUGCGAGAGGGCCCCGGAUCAACCUGACGUGGCGAUGGAUCGUGCGCCACGAGUCCGGUUGCCCCGCUGCGGGCUCCCGAGCCCAGGCGGUGCCCGCGCUGGGUUACCGCGCGCGCCGGCCCGCACGCGCCCCAGCGGCCGACCCGGAGGAGAGGACAGCGGCGACGAGCGCCCAGCUCGGGCGAGCGCCGCGCGGCCCCGCGCAG